GCUGCUUCGAGACAGGUGAAAACCCUCACUCUACUCCGGUGCUUGCACCCGGAAGCAGUGGUGAUGCCAACAGAAAGCCCAAGGUGGGCGAUUCCGUUCGCCUUCGGUUUGCAAAGCCGUCCGGUCUGUUGAAGGAAGGAGACGUCGGAGUUGUCGUGGCGGACGAUGGCUCCGACUGCGUCCCGCUGAAGGUAACUUUGGGCGAGCGCUACGAUUACUACGAGUACAGCGAUGUUAUGGUCUGUGAGCCAGCGGAAGAGCUUCCGCCAGAUUCAGCUCAUGCGACCACAGAUGGCACCAAGAGAUUCCUAGUCAGGAAGAAGCUUGUAGCGGAGAGUAUGCGAGAGCUGGGGCGCACCGGCCUCUGCAUUUCGCCGGUUGGCUUCGGCUGCCACCGUCUUGAGGAUGCUGAUGCCCACAAGGCAGCUUUAGAGCUAGCAAUCUCGCUGGGAUGCAACUUCGUUGACUUGGCUCCCAACUACGUUGAUGGGGUCUCCGAAGAGGUUGCAGGCGAGGUCUUGCAGAAGAUGCUGCAGAACCGGAAGGUGCGGCGUGAUGAGAUCGUUGUUGCAACGAAGGUCGGCAACGUGCUUGGUAAACAGAUGGCCUUCAUCAAAGACGUCCCGAACAUGUCCAGGAUCAACGACAGUCUGUUUCACUGCAUUUCUCCAGCCUGGAUAGAACAGGAGUUGACCCGAAGCUUGAGCAGACUUGGGCUCACCUGCAUCGAUUGCUUGCUGCUGCACUGCCCGGAAUACGAGACGAAAGCUCCCGGGGUCAGCAUGGCAGAAGUCUACAACCGGAUACGCAGCGCUUUUGAGCACCUCGAAGCAGAAGUGACGCGUGGCCGCAUUGUUUACUAUGGCAUCUCGGCAGCUUUCACACCGCUCAGACCGACCGACGCAGAGCACCUGGACUUGUCUAUGGUGAUGAAGCAGCUCCCGACCAAUCACCACUUCCGGAUUCUGCAGUUCCCCUUGAACUUCGCAGAGGCCGAGACGAUGUGGGUAGGCCACGUGCCUCGAAAUCCUGACGGAUCGGCUGUAGAUGCAAACACGGCCGUUCAAGCGCCGACACUCUUUGAGGCGGCAAAAUCACAUGGUCUAGCUACGCUAAUCAACAGGCCUCUAGAUGGCAUCUACAAGGAAGCGCACGGCGUGUUGCGCUUCUCUUCACUGGACUGUGAUGUCCGAUCAUAUUCAGAACUGCAGCUGGACAAUUGCGAUUCCCUCGAGGAGAAGAUCACCAACCUGUGCAAACUCAGCGCUCCGCCAUUCAACACGGAUGAUGGUGCUGCAGGGCAGUUGGCAGCCAAAACUGUCAAAGUGCUUGCCAGCCUGCCAAGAGUUGACUGUGUGCUGCUUGGCAUGCGGCAACCUGAAUACGUGGUUGGUACAUUGCCACUGCUUUUCGGAACACCAGCGGUCGACCCUCAGGUUGCGCUGUCGACAUUCCGCGCUGUCCACAACACUGCCUCAACCUCAGAAACUCUGCAGACUCUCCCGAAGGCUAUGCCCAAAGCGCAAAUUCAGGAGCAUGAUGCUUCGCCCAGAGAGCCUUACAAGGUGGGCGCAGGCCCAAGUGUUGGCUCACGGAGGGAACCUGCAUGGCAGGGAGUGUACAGCGCAUACAUGCGAGACGACAGUGAGAAGGAAGCUCCGCGGUUGGCGGGUGGAGCUGCCUUGGCAAGUGCACGAAGUCAGGCCACGAAGAACUCGCACACUUCUGGUAUUGGUGGCAGUGCCAAUCCUGCGGGAGAGGGAGGGGGCACAUCAGUCGGCGGGGCAUCUGACAUGCACAACUGGGGUGCUCGCGAAGAGCCAAAAGCUGCGCCAGGACCACAAGGCGAUCCCGGCGAGUGGUCUUCGGAUGCGCUGAUGGAGCUAAUGCACGGGCACUCAAGGAUGGUUGACGUUGAUGCAAGACUACCUGGAAUGGAUAUUCCUGAGGGCCAAGCAGUCUCUCAGUCCUUUCCCGUGGUUGCAUCUUCUGCCGCAGCGCCGAGCAGGGGCAGCGGAAACCCUAACAGCCAGGGCCGGAUGCCGCCUUUGUCUUCCUUGGCAGAGAGCCCCUUCACGAGCCCGGCUCGAGGAGUUGCGCUCAGGCGCUCUUCGAGAAGAGACUCGCGAGCAGGCCUCGGAGAUCCCAACAGUGUGUUCAGGAGUUGGGGUGGACGCAACCUUGCAUCUCCGCCACCAAUAAGCAGAGGAGGACUGAAUGUGCAGGCUUCCUGGGAACCGCUUGGCUACGAUCAAGGUGGCCGACCUCAUCCUUUUCACAAGGGGUCGCGCCAUUCUGGUCACCGGGGGCCCGGGCAAGUACCCAUCGGCAUUAACCCUUCGAUCCAGGCACAAAGCGCCAUGCUGCGGGAGAUGUACCCGAAUGUUGCUAUGGGAGGGCCUGGUCCGGGGCCGUUGUCGUUGGCACCCACAGGCUAA